AUGGCUGAAGUCAAACUUAAGCUCCAAUCUCAAGAAGGCCAAACCUUCGAAGUCGAAGAAAGUGUUGCCUGCAAGUCUCAGCUCAUCAAAAACAUGGUCGAGGAUUCUGGCACUGACGAAGAAAUCCCACUUCCAAACGUAAAAGCUGCAAUCCUUGAAAAAGUGAUCGAAUAUGCCAGACACUAUAAGGAUUCUGUUCCCCCAGAAAUCGAAAAACCUCUCAAAUCUGCUGUCAUGCAAGAAGUGGUGCCAGCUUGGGACGCUGCCUUUGUUGAGCUUGAGCAUGAGAUUCUUUUUGAACUUAUUUUAGCCGCAAAUUAUUUGGACAUAAAAUCUUUGUUAGACUUGUGCUGUGCUAAAAUUGCUUCCAUGCUGAAAGGAAAAACACCAGAAGAAAUAAGAAGAACGUUUAAUAUUGAAAACGACUUCACCCCUGAAGAGGAAGCACAAGUGAGAGAAGAAAAUAAAUGGGCUGAGAUGGAAUAA